UAGAAACGUUUCCAUUCCGCGUACAUCUACUUGGUCCUAGGAAUCUCCCUUGUCCUAAGUCCGCCACAUGUCUUUCCUCCCUCCACCUAUUCAUUAUCCUUGCUGCAAAUCAUAUGACCACCGUCUUCGCCUCUUCUUCUCACUCUCAUGCCAAACACUAAUCAUGUCUAUUCUCGUACUCAAACAAGUACCUAUAUAUAUGACUUCAAAGCCGCCACUCUCAUCAUCAAUAACUAGAAACAAGAACUCCAAAAAUCACACUAGCUAGCUAGGCAACUUUAUAAUUUUACGUCAAUGGAUAUAAAUGUGACACGUGAAUCUAGUGGCCAAGCUGGUCAUGACCAGCAGGUCAAGUACACCGGCGUGCGGCUGAGGAAGUGGGGAAAGUAUGUUUCCGAAAUUCGGCUGCCGAAUAGCCGGGAGAGAAUAUGGCUCGGCUCCUAUGAUUCGGCUGUGGAGGCGGCUAGGGCCUUCGACGCGGCUCAGUUCUGUCUUCGGGGACCAUCUGCCAAAUUCAAUUUUCCUGACAACCCGCCGGACAUUCCAGGCGGGAGGUCACUCACUCCUGGUCAGAUACAAGUCGAGGCUGCUCGGUUCGCGCAUUCUGCACCCCCUCAGUGUUCUGCAAAUAAUCCUCAGGCUGAAGCACAUCAGGCGGAAGCCCCGUCGAAUACGGGUCAAGUAGGUGUGGAGAACUCAUUGCUGGAUGAGUUUCGGACCAUGAGUUGGGAGACUGAAAGUGUAUCUGAGUUCGGUUACUUCCAGGGUUUUGAUGAUUUUGAGAAUGAGUUGCUUUUGUCGGGUCCUAAUUAUGGGAUGGACGAGGUUGAAGAGACUGGUGAUGACUCUUUUACCACACAUGGCUCAUUCCUCUGGAACUUCUAAACAAUAAUUCACAACAUAUUCUAAAGUGACCUGUCAACUAUAAUUCCAGAAUUUUAGUUACGAAGGAUAUGCAUAGAUAUAUAUGAUACUGUCAAGUAGGAGUGCAGUAGUACCACUUAUUAUCGGCUGCUACACUAUGCAUGGACAACCUUUUCUCAACUAUCACAUUCACGUGUUAUAUAUAUUUAUAUUAUAUAUGUGUGUGUGUGUCCAUUAUUUAGGUAUAUUAGGACAACGUUUUUUUCAUGUCCUCUAUCAAUAGGUAUUAAUCUUGUUUUCUGAAUAGGACGUUCAUGUUAUGGUUUCUAUAUGAACUAUAACUUUUGCAUUGCAAA